AUGUCGGAGCCAGAAACUCCCUUACAUGCGGAGGCCAAUCAAGAGCUAGAUAUCAAUACCGUUAAUGAGCUAGAAAUUCGAGAUAUCGAAGGAUUGGAUUUGAAUCCUGAUUUAGAUGACACAGAAACUGGAGAGAGUACCAAAUUCGAUUUAAAUACGGCUAUUGAACCCCAAAAAAGGAAUCGCGCUGAUGAGGAGGAAGGCGAGAAUAUGUUUGAUGACUAUGAUGACUUCAAGCCCCAGAUCAAUAUAUCUUCACCUUUUGCAUCAAACACGAAGUUGAAUAACCUUCAAAACCAUCACCAAAUAGAUAACGAUGGCCCUCUGGAGAAGAAUAGGCGUCUUUCUUUGUCGCAACAGUCUAAAUUUAUUGCGUAUUGUGAUGAAAAAUUGCUGAAUAUUCAGAGAAAAUUCGUGCAAUCUCGCGGUCUUAACCCUCAGAAUGGAUACUCUGGUUUGUUACUUCUUUUGGUGGAUUUCAAGUCUCUUAUUGAUUUCAUUUGGUAUUCCAUCGAGGGCCGACCUAAUACCGACUACCUAUUAACAGAAGACCCAUUGGAGACAUCACAGGAGCAAUAUUUCGGGCGUGAAUCCACGUAUUUUGGACAGAGCGCUUAUUUAAUCAGAAUUGCAGAUGAUUUGCUCGAUUACACGGAAAAAUUCGAAAUGAAGUCAAUAACACUAGACAAACAAAUUGCAACUCUAUCAAAGCUUUUCAAACUACUGUUUAUACUGGACAGUAUAUUUUCUCGACUUAUCGAUGGCGCUGUGCCUGGGAGAGUGAAAAUGAGUGUAACUGAUUCGGUGCGGCUAACGAGCAUCGCUGAACGCACGAGACUAAAAUUACCAUGGUUUUUUGAGAAUCAAGAUAUCCAUGGUUACCACUACGAAGUAAGCAAAAUUUAUGAGGAAACUUUAGAAAGAUGUGCUAAAUAA